GGCCGCAGCAUGGUCCUGGUGCACGUCGGUUACCUGGUGCUGCCCGUCUUCGGCUCCGUGCGCAACAGAGGUGCUCCAUUUCAAAGGUCUCAGCAUCCCCAUGCUACCUCCUGCCGACAUUUCCACCUGGGUCCCCAGCCUCAGCUCUCCGCCGACUUCACCCUGCCUCACACGGUGCAGCCCCAACCGGGGCUGACCCCACACAUGACCCCCGCACACCAGCAUAGCGGUCCCCUGCACCAAUCCCUGGCCCCAGUGCCAGCCCUGCCCUUCCAAGAUGUGGCCGGACCAUCCUUCCUACCUCAGGCGCUACACCAGCAAUACCUCCUCCAGCAGCAGCUCCUUGAGGCCCAGCACCGCCGGCUCAUGCCCCAUCCCAGGCGGGCUCAGGAGCGCAUGUCUGUUCAGCCUCACCGUCUGCACCCCAGCUUUGACUUCAGCCACCAACUGCAAACCCCACAGCCCCUGGCACCCCAGCCCAGGUACUUGGCCGAAGGUACAGACUGGGACCUCAGUGUCGAUGCAGGACUGACACAUGCCCAGUUCCAGGUCCGCCCGGUCCCUCAGCCCUAUCAGCAUUACUUAGCUACACCUCGGAUGCAUCACUUCCCCAGAAGCACAUCCUCAACACAGAUGGUUGUUCAUGAAAUCAGAAAUUACCCUUAUCCUCAGCUUCAGUUACUUGCUCUUCAGGGACUGAACCCAAGCAGGCACACAUCGGCUGUGCGGGAGAGCUAUGAAGAGCUGCUGCAGCUGGAGGACAGGCUGGGCAGUGUGAGCCGGGGGGCUGUCCAGAACACCAUUGAGAGAUUCACCUUCCCCCACAAAUACAAGAAGAGAAGACCACAGGAGGGUAAAGCUGAGCAAGAGGAUGGAGAGGAGUCAGACACUGAUGAGAAAUGCACAAUCUGUCUGUCCAUGCUUGAAGAUGGAGAAGAUGUCAGGAGGUUACCCUGCAUGCAUCUCUUCCACCAAGUAUGCGUGGACCAGUGGCUGGCCACCAGCAAGAAGUGCCCAAUCUGCAGGGUGGACAUUGAAACACAGCUCGGCUCGGACAGCUGAAAGAAUUGGCUGGACACACCAUUUUCCUUAUCAGGUCGUAUGGCCAUAAACCCUUGCAGCAAAAUUUUUUGCCUUCUGAGCCAUUUGAUUGAGAGGAAAAGUCUGCAGGCAUGUUAGAGAGGGAGAGGAGGAGGUGUCAGUACAAUAUCUAGUGGUAGGAGAUAUUGCACAUGCGCAGGAUGCGGGCCUGGUGAAAGGGAGCUGGCAUUCCCGGAGCUCAGAGACCCCAUGCUACAGAAGAUUUAGUGUUGAACAUGAAGGAACUAGUUGUGGUAGUCUGGCCUGUCAAUCCUGCAUUUCAUGAGGAUUGUAUAUAUACCUCUCGAAUACGUAGAAACAUGUUAUAGGGGUCCUUUAGCUAUUUCUAUGGAUGGCAGCUGGAGCAUGUUAGCUUAAGAAAUGUUGUGUUUGAUGCCCUACUCAUCUUGUGGUGGACAUGUUGCUGUUACCUAAUUUGCACCAAAUAUUUUUUCAUAGAUUCCUUAUGUUGGUGCCUGAUUAAUACAUUGUAAAAGGGGAAUGCAGAGGUCAAGCUUUCCCACCCUUGGGGGGAAGAGGCGAAAAAGCAAAAUCCUGUUUACAAUCAGAAGGGUUGCGCUCUUUUCUUCAGCCACGCGUGCUUCCUUUCCUUGCCUUUACAGUGUUGCAAAUUUAGAGAUGCUUAAAACAUAUUAACAAAAAAAAAAAAAAAAAAAAAAAAAAGAAAUGACAAAUUGAAAAUGAAAUGAACGAAGCAAUAAGGAGAUGCUUCGUUCCUGCUGUUCUGCUGCUGCUGAAUGCUUUCUGUAGGGGCACAGUGUUGAGGUGGAUGCUGUUUCUUUGCUCUUUGUGUAGCUCAGCAUGCUGAAAUCCACGCUAGGCUGUGGGCUGUCUCCACGAUCUCUGUUAUCCAUUGUGAAUGAUCUUACUGAUAUGGUAAGCUGGAGGCUGGUUGGCUUCAGAGCACCGUGGCUCAAGUCUCCCCAGGGUUGGACAUCUCCUGUGAUUUAGGGUAUAGCUUCUCAGAAACAUUGCAAUAGGACAAAGGGAAAUGGUUUCAAACUAAAAGAGGGGAGAUGAAACCGGAUAUAAGGAGGAAGUCCUUUAUAAUAAGGGUGGUGAGGCCCUGGCACAGGCUGCCCAGAAACGUGGUGGUGCCCCAUCCUUGA